AAUGCUUUUUAUUUACCUACACUUAUUACCCGAAUUAAAUUUCUGUGAUGUCCGAGUCUCUGGUUAUUGUGCGCCUCCUUUACAGCCUACUGCUAGCUAGUUUCCCCUUAUCUUCAUAAAAUUUGCAAGAGUGGGCGUCCUACCGAACUUGCUUUCUGCUACCGACGUUGUUGUCAUUUGGUCGCUUGGGUAUACAACUUCUAGUUACACUCUUUUCUUCGGGGCAUCCGGAGGCUUGCUUGCAGUGCCUGGUUGAACAGAACAUGCCCGCUAGUGUUCUUGCAGUUGCUGAAGCCGACGUUGAAAUGGUUUCUCUGGAUACUAGAGCUGAACGACAGCGGCAACUGAUUCGUCAUGCCCAGGAGCUGCAUCACCUCAACUUGGCUGCCGCUCGCCAAGUUUUGCGUGAAAGUACUGCCCAGGCAGAUACUGCCAAAGUACGAUGUGAAAUUGCUCGCGUUGAAGCAGAGGCUGUUCGCCUGAAGCUUGAGCUGGCUCGUGAAGCUUUGCGUGAAGCUAGAGCCAAGGCAGACUUGGCCGAGCUUCAGUUAGCUGCACGUAAGCGUGAGCUGUUGACAGAGUCUGGCACUACUGACAUGUGUGAAGUCUCAGGGGAACAAAAGAAAAUGAUUGAUGAUGAUGGAUCUGUGGUGCCUCUGAUAUCGGAGCAGAUGGAUGCAUGAUCCUGCGUCUUUAUAUGUACUAUCUGUGCUGGUCGUUUGAACUUAAUUUCAUUUAAGAACUUAUUUUGGCAGUCAAGUCACUAUCUAAUUGUUGUAGAAUUACUUUCAAAUACUAGUGGCUUCAAUUUCACCAGAAGUAUCCUUGCCAGUAUAGAAAUGCCCUCUUCCCUCUGCUUUGUUUUACUUUGUACGGAACUGCAACUGAUGCACAAGGGCUCCACAACGACCCACGGUAGUACAUGUAAUGUUCUUGAGUGUUUGAAUGUGAUGAAUGUGUUAUUUGUUCCUUCACAUGUUUUGAGGCUAUUUUCUUUUUCGUGUCUGUGCUACCUUCACUGUUUACCAAAUUUUUCAUGUAAUUUAUUGUUUAGUCUUAACCUCAUUCAAUUUUAUUUUGUUUGUCGCACAAAAAGGUGACAUUUGUGGUUAGGUGUACUUAUUUGUUUCACUCAAAUAAAAUGUACAUCUUUUUGUUUUAUGUCUUUAGAUACAAAUUAUUGUGAUUUUUUUCUUCUUGAAAGUAAACACCAAAUAAGUAUAAGAAGGCCAGGUGAACUUUUUUUAAAGCUGUGAUUUUAUUUAGUAGUUAUUUUAAUUAAUUUUAUACAACCUACCAGUGAAGGUAGUUCAGCUAGUGUAUAUUUUGUGUUCUUUUCUUCAAUACUCAUAUGCAUAGCCUUUGUUCCAAGGCUUUUCCUUCAUGUAUUCCAUUUUCUUUCCUCGCCAGUUCUUUACCGGUGAAAUUAGGAAUUGAUUAAUUUUUGCUUGUGUAUUUACUCCCUUCUCUUUUUUUUGUGUGUGUGUUUGUGUUUUGUGUAUGGGAAUGUCUGAAAUACUUCAGUUGUAGGAAACUUGUAGUCAUUUUGAUUCGUAACCAAACUUGAGUAAAUAUCACAGCAGUGUCCACAGUACUUUGGAUUGAGUUCAUAGAUGUUCCUAUUACUGUGGUGGCAUAUUUUGGCAUGCUAUUCUGGAAAAUUUUAACUGUUUGAUUGACUCCUAUGUCACAAACCUACAUGAUUUUAAAAGCUCUCUACAAAAUAUUCUCUAGAUUUUUUUUUGAAACUCUUCUUCUUAACCUUCUGUCAUGUGUUUGGUGGUCAAGGGGUUUUUUUUUGAAAGUGGAUUGUUUGGAAGUUCAAGAUUUGUGUGUUUUUGAGUACCUAUCUGUCUUCAUUUUGAUUAAGUGUACGGGAAGAGAUCAUUGCUGUAUUGGGCAGUUGUAUACAAAAGAAAUCUGCUUACUCAAAUGCAAAUCAAUGCUAUUUUAUCAGAUUGAUUGCUUUUAAUUGAUGGCUGCUGUUUAAAAAAUGAGUUUUUCUUCUGCAUUAUUAUUGUUUCAAGUAUUGUGAACUUGUAAAAGGAAAACCCUGUGGUAUUGUCCUAAGGUGACAUUUGAGAUAUUAUCGAUCAUGUAUAAUGUUCUCUAUAUUUGCCAUUUCAUUAAGUUGUAAUUUGCAAGUUAGUUUUGAGUUGAUUUUAAUUUUGCAAGUUUAAGUAAUUUUAUUCAUUUUAAGUUUCUAUGUAUUGUGCUUGACUAACUCCAUCCUCAACUAUAUCUAUACUAUUUAUUCAUAUUAGCAUGUUUGUGUUGUGUUUGUUAAAAUUACAUUUUCAUUUAGUAUAAUUUGGCAUCUCCUUCUGGAUCAGAACUAUGUAAGGAAAGGAGAGGGUCCAAUUGAAAUUUAGUUUUGGUUUUUAACUGUAAUCAAUUCAUGAUGAUGAUACUGAUAUGGAUAGUUUCACCAUGACCUCCAUAACAGUGACUGUUUUCACUCAAUAAACAUUAGCAUGCCAA